AUGGACCUGGUCUACGGACUGAGCGGCCACCCAAUCUCCUUACUCGCAAGACGGAUCAAUUCCAAGGAGAACGUGCGUCUCUUGGCCGACAUCCUCGAAGGCGUUUUUAUUACCCACAUGACGGGUUCUGCGGAGUUCAGACUGAGUCCCCUGGCGGUAUCAUCGUCGCAGAUACUUCGGGAUGCUAUGGACCUUCUGGAAGCAAUCACAUCCGACUUGUGGUGGAGCAGGGCCUGGACCUUUCAGGAGAAGUAUCUCAGCGAAAGCAAGAUGAAGCUCCUGAUCCCCCACUCUCCGGACCUUGGAAUUGAAAAGGAGAAGAGGCAUAAGAAGAAGGUCUUUGGCACGACCGGUGGCGAGCUAUGCAUCAAGUCUAUCGACUUUCAUAGACAGGUGACACAGCUUUGCCUAGCCUGUAAGAAAGAGAGGCCGAAUCUGGCCGCCAGUGCAGAUCGCAUUCUCGGGAAGGCCUCCAACUACGAGAUCUUGCUGAGAGAUACGGCCCCUGACGCACAGUACCUGACUCGAUGGUCCCAGUCGCCGAGGAUAAUCAAAGACAUUGAGCCACGCGAAAGCAAAUACUGCUCCGACAGGCUGGCGAUCAUCGCCAAUUGCUGCCAAUAUUCCAUCAGGCUGGACGAUGUGAAAUUGCGGAGAGGCGAUCACAGUGUAAGCCUGGCCCUGCUGGCUUUGUACCUUCUCAACGGGGAGAUGAUAAAGAAUGAGCCUUUGGACAGAGAGCAGAAACAAGAAUGCUUGCAGAAGACGGUCUCGAGCUUUAUCGAGGAUGAAUCCUUUGAUGGAUUCUGUCCGCCACACUCCAAGAAACCGCUUCUCUUCAACAAGGGAUGUCGUUUCAACAACGUCGUACUCACACCCAGAGGAAAGAUGACAGAAAUCCGCUGGCUAGACAAGACUAUGUACUUUGGCGGCUGA